UCCAGCAUUUCCUGUGGCCUCCAGUCUGGGUUCUAUGAUAGGGAACUGGGCCUGGGCUCUGCCUCCUCCGCUGGGGAAUGUCUGUACACAUCCCUGAGUGACGGGGCUUGCUGGGAGGAGGGGAGCACUCACUGGCAUUACAACAGCUGAAAAGGAAUUUGAAAAGCAAAUAUCCAAAAACCAGAACCAGGGCGGAAGUGUGUGCAUUAGUUUGCAAAAUAAUGAACUUUGCAGCUGAAAUGCUGAUUCCCCAAGUGGAGAGAGCUUGCAGGGAAGGGAAGAGGACUAGCAGCCCAGCGUGGGGCUCAUCCUGUUUUUGACAGAAUUUCUCCAGGAGGAAAAGGAAUCUGCAAUCAGCCCUGCUCUCACCUCUGAGUGGCUCUGCUUCUAUUUCUGUCCAAUGAGACAAAUGAAUAGUUGCUACUUGAAGAAAUGCCUGAAGGUUUUUGGGUGAGGAAUCGUGGAUUUUAAAAAUGCAUCAUUGGCGUGAAUAACUCUUCACAACCUUUUUUAAUCUCUCAGUUUGCAUUUGAGGAAAAAGUGAUGUAUGCGUUCAUUCAUUUACUUGUCUGAAAAAUACUGAGCAGUUCUUGGCUGUGUCAUCUGCUCAGGACUGGAACUACAGAGAUGAAUAAGAUGUGAUUGCUACCCCUGGGACCUCACAGAAGCUCUCGGGAUAAGGUGUGGAAAAGAGAUCUGGUUUAGACACGUGCAGCUGUCUACGCAGUAGGAUUCCCAGUUCCACUGGCUUUGGACAACUCCGGGGCUUACAAUGCCGCCACCUGCGGACAUCGUCAAGGUGGCCAUAGAAUGGCCCGGCGCCUACCCCAAGCUCAUGGAAAUUGACCAGAGAAAACCACUGUCUGCAAUAAUAAAGGAAGUCUGUGACGGGUGGUCUCUUGCCAACCAUGAGUAUUUUGCGCUGCAACAUGCCGAUAGUUCAAACUUCUAUAUCACCGAAAAGAAUCGAAAUGAGAUAAAGAAUGGCACCAUCCUUCGAUUAACCACAUCUCCAGCUCAAAGCGCCCAGCAGCUCCAUGAGCGAAUCCAGUCAUCGAGUAUGGAUGCCAAGCUGGAGGCCCUGAAGGACUUGGCCAGCCUCUCCCGCGACGUGACUUUUGCGCAGGAGUUCAUAAACCUGGAUGGCAUCUCUCUCCUCACGCAGAUGGUGGAAAGCGGCACAGAACGAUACCAGAAAUUACAGAAGAUUAUGAAGCCUUGCUUUGGAGACAUGCUGUCCUUCACCUUGACGGCCUUUGUGGAGCUGAUGGACCACGGCAUAGUGUCGUGGGAUACGUUUUCCGUGGCGUUCAUUAAGAAGAUUGCAAGUUUUGUGAACAAAUCAGCCAUAGACAUCUCAAUCCUUCAGCGGUCCUUGGCCAUUUUGGAGUCCAUGGUGCUCAAUAGCCAUGACCUCUACCAGAAGGUGGCGCAAGAGAUCACGAUCGGCCAGCUCAUCCCACACCUUCAAGGGACAGAUCAAGAAAUCCAAACCUAUACCAUUGCUGUGAUUAAUGCAUUAUUCUUGAAGGCUCCCGAUGAGAGGAGGCAGGUUGAUGUAGAGAGCAGUGUUGACAUCCUUGGUUGUCCUCUGACUGAGAUGGCAAAUAUUUUGGCUCAGAAGCAGCUGCGUUCCAUCAUUUUAACACAUGUCAUCCGAGCUCAGCGGGCCAUCAACAACGAAAUGGCACAUCAGUUGUAUGUUCUGCAAGUGCUCACCUUUAACCUCCUGGAAGACAGGAUGAUGACCAAGAUGGACCCCCAGGACCAGGCUCAGAGGGACAUCAUAUUUGAACUUCGAAGAAUUGCUUUCGAUGCGGAGUCUGAACCUAGUAACAGCAGCGGCAGCAUGGAGAAACGCAAGUCCAUGUACACCCGGGAUUACAAAAAACUUGGCUUCAUUAAUCACGUCAACCCGGCCAUGGACUUCACCCAGACUCCUCCUGGAAUGUUGGCUCUGGACAACAUGCUGUACUUUGCUAAACACCACCAAGAUGCCUACAUCCGGAUUGUGCUGGAGAACAGUAGCCGAGAAGAUAAGCAUGAAUGUCCCUUUGGCCGCAGUAGUAUAGAGCUGACCAAGAUGCUGUGUGAGAUCUUGAAAGUGGGCGAGCUGCCUAGUGAGACGUGCAACGACUUCCACCCGAUGUUCUUCACCCACGACAGAUCCUUUGAGGAGUUUUUCUGCAUCUGUAUCCAGCUUCUGAACAAGACCUGGAAGGAAAUGAGGGCUACCUCGGAAGACUUCAAUAAGGUAAUGCAGGUGGUGAAAGAGCAGGUUAUGAGAGCACUUACAACCAAGCCUAGCUCCCUGGACCAGUUCAAGAGCAAACUACAGAACCUGAGCUACACGGAGAUCCUGAAAAUCCGCCAGUCUGAGAGGAUGAACCAGGAGGAUUUCCAGUCUCGCCCGAUUUUGGAACUAAAGGAGAAGAUCCAGCCAGAAAUCUUAGAGCUGAUCAAACAACAGCGCCUGAACCGCCUCGUGGAAGGUACUUGCUUUAGGAAACUCAAUGCCCGGCGGAGACAAGACAAGUUCUGGUAUUGUCGGCUUUCACCAAAUCACAAGGUCCUGCAUUAUGGAGAUCUGGAAGAAAGUCCACAGGGAGAAGUGCCCCAUGAUUCUUUGCAGGACAAACUGCCGGUGGCAGAUAUCAAAGCUGUGGUGACGGGAAAGGACUGCCCCCAUAUGAAAGAGAAAGGUGCCCUUAAACAAAACAAGGAGGUGCUUGAACUUGCUUUCUCCAUCUUGUAUGACUCCAACUGCCAACUGAACUUCAUUGCUCCUGACAAGCAUGAGCUGCUGUCACUGCCAUCAGUAAUGAUCCCUGUCGCCCCCUUCUCCUGCCAGUACUGUAUCUGGACGGAUGGGUUGAAUGCACUGCUUGGGAAGGACAUGAUGAGCGACCUGACGCGGAAUGACCUGGACACCCUGCUCAGCAUGGAAAUCAAGCUCCGCCUCCUGGACCUGGAAAACAUUCAGAUCCCCGACGCACCCCCGCCCAUCCCCAAGGAGCCCAGCAACUACGACUUUGUCUAUGACUGUAACUGAAGUGGUGGGGCCUGGCCACGCCCCCCUCCAAAACUGGAAAAUCUAGCUAACAGGAGAGAGGAAUGAAAACACGCCCACGCCUAGGAAUCCUCUUUUGGAAAAGGGAAGCUCUAGGUCAACACUUCUCGCAGCCUCCUCUCUGGCCCCAGCAUUUUGUGGCCCCUGCCUGGUGUCUUGCUCACCUCCCUGACUCUGUCUCUAGAUUCCACUGCUUUAGAUCACCUCCCGUUGCUGCAGUCCAGUGGUGGGACAAGAGCAAAAGUCACCACCAGUAAGAGAGCAAAAGGGCCCUUCUAGCCGAACCCCCUCUUCCUUCAUGGAGUAGGAAAACCAGCAGCCCCAGACUGCCCCCAGACUUGUCCUGCACACCAAGGGCAGGUGCACAGGAGGCAGCCUAGCUGCUCGAUGAGAAGACAAACCAAACACCACAUCCUCCAUCUCCUUCUCUCUAGGGUCAACUCACACUACCAGUUCCAUUAGAAUUGAGAACUGCUUUCAAAACUCUCUCCUCCAUCCCGACUUUGACCUUGCCCUGGUCCUUUUGGUCCCAAGAGCAGCAGCAACAGCAGCAGCAGCAGCAGCAGCAGCCUCAUCAUAGUCCUCGCCAGCACUGGCUCUCCCAGACAGCCCACAGGACAAGGGCCCACGCUAACCUCGCGUCUGCACUGUGACCGUGACCAACCUUCCCUCUGCACUAGCUAGUCUUGGGUUUCCUCUCCCUGCCCCAGCCCAGACCUGCCUUCUUCAUUUCCACACACGCUCCUAGCCUCUUAGCUGAAAGCACAAAUGGUGAAAUCAGUAGUUAUGCUCCAUCUCUAAUAGACUAAACCUAAAAGCCUCUCCGUCAGGCAUUGCUCUCUGAGGGUUUGGUGUGACCUUCUCCUGAAGGGUCCUGGUGCAACACAGGUCCGCAGGAUGGUCCAGACAUCCAAGUUUACAUCAUUGUAAUUAUUACAGGUAUUUACGUUCUGCAAGGGUUUGGGGUUCAGUUUGUUUUUUGUUUGUUGUUUUUCUUUUUCCUUUUGUUUUUGUACAAAAGAGUCUAACAUUUUUUGCCAAACAGAUAUAUAUUUAAUGAAAAGAAGAGAUACAUAAAUGUGUGUACUUUUCAAUUUUUUUUUAAUUAUUUUAAUCCCAAACAUCUUCCUAAGAAUAACAUUCCCUUAAACAUGCUGUGGAAUAAACUUAAUUGUGAUGA